UAUUCACAAACCCCAAAAUUACAAACCAAUUUGGGCAUCCAAACACGCCCUUAUCAUGGACCAGGAGAUCCUCCUCCUCAGCCUCUCUCAAAUUCCCUCCACCGCGUACUCCGGCGGCUCGCCGCCGUCUCCCUCCAACAACGACGCCGCCGGCGAUUGCUCCAAGACAAAAGUCCACGGCCAAAUGGGCGGCAACGACGGCGCCAAGCGGCUGAAGGGAGGUGGCGCCGCCGCGGAGGAGAAGCACCCGACCUACCGCGGAGUCCGGCGGCGGAGCUGGGGCAAAUGGGUCUGCGAGAUCCGGGAGCCCCGGAAGAAGUCCAGAAUAUGGCUCGGGACUUACCCAACCGCCGAAAUGGCGGCGCGGGCGCAUGACGUGGCGGCUCUAGCCAUCAAGGGCAAGUCGGCUUACCUAAACUUCCCUCACUUGGCUCACGAGCUGCCGCGCCCGGCUUCGACUUCGCCCAAGGACAUCCAAGCCGCCGCCGCCAAAGCCGCUGCGUUCACAUUGAUCGGCGCGGGAGCCGAGCCGGGCUCUCAUUCCUCGACGGAGAAGAUUCAGGAGCUCUCUAAUUCGGCUUAUUCGACUGACGACGACACAUUUUUCGACUUGCCGGAUUUGCCCCUGGAGAGCUCCGAUUAUAGUGACGGCUACUGCUGUAUGGCUUCUUCGUGGCAGCCGGCUGGAGCCGACGUCGGCUUCCGGCUCGAACUUGAAGAACCUUUCUUGUGGGAGUGCUACUAAUAAAGUGAAGUAAUCUUUAUAUUAGUAGUAUUGUAAUUUAUUUAUUUUUAUAUAAUAAUAUUAAUUAUCAUUUAAUUCGUGUA